CAUAUUCAAAUCCCGGAAAUGAUGCUGCGAUUGGUUUUAUUUGUAAUAAUGACUUCGGCAGGUGUAUGCCAAGUAGGUGGGGCAUCUAUCGUUAAUUGUUUUUCUAAUAUAAUGCAUGGUAUUAGGUAUUGGACCAGAACUGCGUUGUUAUCAAUGUAAUUCACUAACGCAACCUCACUGUGCAGACUAUUUUGAUAAUCGAACUUUUCCACUAGUUGCCUGUCCAAAUGAUGGAAGAAAUUAUUCUAGGUGUGUUAAGAUGAUUCAGGAAAUGUAUCUAGAUGGAAAGUGGACUAGACGUUAUUAUAGAGAUUGUGCUGUAACCGGUGUGAUUGGUGCAGAAGAUGGUCGAUGGUGUAUAGAUCGUUUGGGUACAUAUCGUGUUAAAGUUCGAUAUUGUAAUUGUAACAAUAAAAAUGGAUGUAAUUCAAGUACACUAUUAACUGUUUCAACAACACUUUAUAUUUUUAUGUUUACUAUAUUUAUAUUAUACAUUUAUCGAAUUCUUAAACUAUAGGCAUUUAGAAUACAAGAAGAUGUUCAAUUUCUUCUAUUUUCUUUUUUAAUAUGUUUAUGAAAACAAAAUUAUGUAAUUGCAACGAAUAACUUUUUUAAAAAAGAUCAAAUAAUAAAUAGGCCAUAUUGAAAUAUGAAUAUAAACUUCCAUUUUCAUUGUCUAUCAAGAGAAAUAAGAAAGAGACCAAUCACUGGAAAGUAACUAACUGGAAGGUCAUUUACUUCAUUAUCAUUCAUUUAUUCAUUUUUAUGCAUGAUUAAAUUAUGUAUAUGUGGCUUCUUUGUUUUUUCAUUCUUGUAAACAUUGCUGGAAUAUUAUUAUUUUUUCAGGAUAACUGUAUAAACCACAUUUUCUGUAUUUUAAAUUUAUCUGCUUACUCACUGUUGAUAGAAAAAAAGUGUAUAUAAACAAUGAUCAUUAAUAUGAACUGUAAAAAGCA